UGGAAAUACGACGCACUAUACAUUGAUGCAUGUCCAACGAAAUAUCCAUAUGAAAUCGAAGUGAUGUGCCCCGUUCCAGUAUUUGCUGACGAGAGCAACAUCGCGUUAAUGAGGGAUGUUCUCAAGGAUAACGGUUCAUUGGUGAUAAAAAUGCUAAUUUUCGCAGAGGAUGUUGAUGAAUCAGCACAAAGGGUAGCCGAUAAAUACAGGAAGUAUUUUGCGAAUUGUGCGAUACUCGAAAUGGUUACGGCAAACAAUCGCGUGAGUUUAUAG